AUGCUCCCCAAGAUACUAGGGAUACUAGCUUUACUUGCGGUCGGACAGGUCUCAGUGCAAGCCGGGCCUCAGGCAGCGUUCUCUACUCUUGGGCAUAACUUGGAUGAGGCAGCUCACUCGUUGAAGUUGAAUGCAUCUACGAACUAUGUCGAGACAAUGCACUUGUCUUCGAUAAGCUCUACUGAGGAAUACACGGUCUUGAAUCAUCCCAAACAUCCUGGUCACAGCAUUCGAGUCAAAAAAACAGAUUUCUGUGAUCCUACCGUCAACGUAUACACAGGAUACCUGGAUGUUGACCAGGGCGCGAAACAUCUAUACUUCUACUUCUUCGAAAGUCGACGUGAUCCUGACAACGACGACGUUAUGAUGUGGAUCAACGGAGGACCCGGAUGUUCAAGCUCCAUGGGCUUGUUGAUGGAAUUAGGGCCAUGUAGCAUCGACAUGAAGAACGUAUCUUCAAACGGCACCGUCUUCAACCCCCAUUCUUGGAACUCGGAGACCAAUAUCUUCUUCCUCGACGAACCUGUUGGUGUGGGCUUCUCAUACGCAGACUACGGAGAGACUGUUGGCACAACAGAAGAAGCAGCGUUGAACGUCUAUGCCUUCAUCUCCAUAUUCUUCGAGACCUUCAGUCAGUUCAAGGGACGCCCCUUGCAUUUAUCUGGUGAAAGCUAUGGGGGGCGGUAUCUUCCCGUGUUCGCGAGCGAAAUAUACGACCAGAACAAGAUCGCGGCCACAGAAGGACGUCCUGUGAUCAACUUGACGAGUGUACUCAUUGGCAACGGCAUCACCGACGUAUCCACACUAUAUCCCGGACGAUACGAGGUCGAGUGCGGUACGGCGUCGCUCGACGUUCCGUUCCAGUACAUCUCGACCUGCGUCAGGAUGAAGAAAGCGCUUCCCAGAUGCGAGAAGGCCAUGAACGAUCAUUGCGUUGAGACGUUCGACGAGAUGAACUGUAGAGCCGCUGUCGCCUUCUGCGAUUCUGAGAUGAGCACCGGGUACUGGGCUAGUGGACGGAACGUAUACGAUAUCUCGAAGCCUUGCAUCGGCGACCUUUGCUACGAAGAAAACACCGUCAUCCGAAAUUAUCUCAACCAGCCCUCCGUGCGCGAGCUCCUCGGCGUCACCUCCCCCAACAAUUUCACCGGUUGCUCCUCCGCCGUCGGUUCACUCUUCCACUUCAACAUGGACAAAUACUCUGCCCCGACCCAGUACUACGUCGCCAACCUCCUCGAUCGUGGGAUCCCGAUCCUCAUCUACGCCGGCACGUAUGACUGGCAGUGUAACUGGGUGGCUAAUAAGCUUUGGGUGGAUAAGCUCGAGUGGUCUGGUAUGGACGGAUACGCAAUGGAAGAAUGGAGGGACUGGAAGGUGGAUGGAUCCAGCGGGAAGGCCGGUGAAACGAAGAGUUUUGGGAAACUGACAUUUGCGACGAUCAGAGGUGCCGGGCAUAUGAUAAAGGCACUUACAAUGGUGUCCAGGUGGAUCAGCGGGAAGGCAUUGUAG